AUAGCAACAUCGCAUAGCUAUACUAGUAAAAGGUGAUUAAAAGACCCGUUUGAAAAAAUGGGUAGUAGCGCUAUUCCACAUCUAAAUAAUUUGCCACAAUGGUCAAGGAUUAAUACACUUGACAGAGCAAGAUACCCGAGAACUUUCAUGAAAGAUCAAAAGAUUCUUCAACCUAUCUCUAUUGUUCGGCGAUCAAGUGAAGAUGACGAUUCAGAGGAUAAGCCUCUAGAUGAUAAUGUAAAUCCUCAGCAGAGAAUUCAGCAUCUCGAACGUUCUAUUCGGUUUCUUCAGGAGCAACACCGUAAUGUGCUAACAAAUUUACACGAAGAAAUAGAUGAGUUGAAGAGGAGUAACAAAGAAUUACAGUUUCGAAUAGUCAUUAUGCAAAAAGAGAAAAGUACAUCGCCAAUAACAUCUCCUGUCAAUCGUACACGGCAAUAUAAACCGGCAACUAUAGAGCCUGAAAGUGAAACAUCAAAAUUGCAACCCAAGCCUCCACCUCUUCCACCUCCUGGUCAAGUUGACGAACUAAAGUUAAUCUUUCUUGAACAGGAGAUACGGGAAGUCAGGAAACAGUUAAAAGAAGAGAAGAGUAAAAAUAUAGAUCUUAAACAGCAAUUUGACGAUAUAUCUAGAGAAUAUGCAGAAUUGAAAGAAGAGCAAGAGCAAAAAAUGAUAUCAGAGGUGAGUGAACGAGAAGUGGGAUAUGACCUACCUUUGGGAGCUUCCUUAAAUCCUCUUGAAAUACAUGAUCCCUCAACCGGUUUUCCGCGUCAGCCAACAGUAGAAGAAUGUGAAAAAAUCAUAAGAACUUUACAAAUAACUAAUGAACAACAGGCUCAUGAAUUAAAUAGGCUAAAAACCGAUUUAAAAGAUGUUUUGUACUCACAUAAAUGGACUCCUGAUGCUUUCCUAUUAGCCAAAGCCUACGUUGUAGAGGAUGAAGCGAAGGAGAGGGAAUCUCACUUACCCAAAAUCCAUUCUAGGAGAAUUCCGGAAAUGUCUUACGCUCAACAAAAAGAUUCCAGUGUUUGUCUACCAGCAUUGAAACAAACUAUGGGAAACAAAGCGAUUGAACGCCGAAAAAGAACUCAGGUUCUCCAAAGGGCCAGACUUAGAAAAGAGGUUUCUAAACAAUAAUAACCACAACUAAUUCUCCGAUCUACUACUAAUUUUGACUCCUUAUUCUCUUGAUUUUUCUAUCUAUAUAAAAAAUACUAGGAUAUUUUCAAUAUGGUCAAUUAUGAACUCUUUUUUAUAUUAUCAGGCAUUCGGUGGCGAUCAGAUAACUGAAAUGACAACAGGCUUGGCAGAGAUGAACUGAACGUUUUAAAAAGCUGUUUCUUUUUGCAUAAAUUGAAUAUUGUAUUUAUAAAUAUAUAUUUAUGUUCUUGUAUACAAAAUAGAAGAAAGAUAAAAACAAAGAAACACCUGUAAAGUAAUUCCGUGUAAACCUUUAACAAACACAUAAUUAACGUUAACUGGGUUCAGUUUAAAACUUUGGUAACGCUGCUUUUAAGUGCUUAUUGAUCAUUUAAACGAUUAUUUAACAGUUAUUUCAUGUUUUAUAAAAAUACCAUUGUCGGAUUAAGUCAUUGAAGGAAUGAAAACAAUAAAGGUUUUAAGGAGAAAAUCUCUGUUAUCCAAAAUAGAGUAAUAGAGUACGAUAUUAAAAUAUAAUCA